CAACAAACACAGAGUUUUAAGAGGCAUCUUUUAAGAGGCAUCACAAGCCUUGGGUUUUUUUUGUAUCCCAUACAAUAGAAUCUGAAUCUGUACACCAUGUUCGAUUUAAAUGCAGGGGGGCAGAAAGGAGUGUACUGAAAACAGCAGCAGGGAAAGCAAAAAUGGCGCUCAAUAUAGGAAUCCUUAGUACUUUUUGUUUCAAAAGUCUCGUUGUGUUUUUAAAGGAAACAGGAUCGUUUGACAGAAUUUAGUUUUUUUUAUCGUUUAAGUUGUCUGCGAUGUACUUCCCACACUCCUGUCCAGUAGGUGGCGGUAAUGUACCUUCAAGCUUGUUGCCAACCGUCAAUAAAAGGAAAACAAAGAAGAACAACAACAAACCCCGCCAAUAAACGAAGAAGAAGAAAGAUAAUAAUAAUAAUAAUAAUAAUAAUAAUAAUAAUAAUAAUAAUAAUAACAGUAGCAGCAGCAGCAACAGUGGCACCGCGAAGAUGGCGAAGAGGAUAGACUCCUUUGUGUGGACAGACGACGAAGUAGAACUUCUUCUUCGAAUUACUUUAGAGUACAAAGCCUCAAAGUUCCAGGAUAAUGUUGACUGGGAGUCAUGUCAGUCAAAGUACGCUGAUAUCAUGGAAAAAUUCCUGGCCCAAUAUCCCAGUCAGCCUACCGACAAGGAUUUUCCUCACAACGGUUUUAUAGCUAAAUCCCAGGUCACGGCCAAGCUGAAAAAUGUUAGGGCUAAGUACAGGCAAGCAGUGGACACUGGGCGCAGAAGUGGCCAGGGACGAGUGAUCCGCAUUUUCUUUGAACUCUGCGAGAAGAUCUGGGGUGGCUCGCACCCUUCACGCUGCAUCGACGCUGGCAUCGAAACGGGGGACCUGGAUGAAUGUGCUCCGCUACCCUCCCCACAGUCAUCCCCACAGUCGAGAUCCCCGUCGAUUGAACCGCCUGCUGAUUCUUCAAACUCCAACGCAUCCGUUGAAAAUCUGCCUGCUCCAUCGUUGAGACCGCGCAGAGAGCUGCUACAGGCUGAACAAUCACCGAGGGGACAGGCUGAAGAGAAAGGCGGCGACCCUGCAGUCUGACCUUGCGGUGGAGGAGGACCUCCGGAUAAAGAGGAGGAUGUUAGAACUGAUGGAGGAGAACAACAGGCAGAAUACAGA